UCAUCUUGCUCGGAGAAGAAAAUCCUCAGUCUCUCCUCAGUGUCUCAGUCCAAUGCUCUUCUUCGUAAAAGAUGCUGAGAACCAAGCUCUCAUCCACCAAUCCACCUAGGGUUUUUAGGGUUUUAAGGGUUUUGGGAGUUUCGAUUUCCACCUCCACGGUAUCCCCCACAACCCCUGCAUCCCCGCCGCACAACCACCUCCUCCCUCGCCAUAACCCCGUCGUUUUGGGCGGAAUCGGCUCUCUUCAAGCCAAAGAUGUGGUUCUCUCCUUCAAACAGUGGUUCAAAUCCCCCCAAAAUAUCCUCCUUAUGGACCAGAUUUUCCGAAUCCUCUCCGAUCUCCCGCCGGACGAUGCCGACGCCGCCCUCGGCCGCCUCCGCCUCCCGCUUUCGGAGCGGUUCGUUCUUGAUGUGCUUGCCCAUGGCAGUGAUGUUUUGUCUUGUCUUAAAUUCUUUGAUUGGGCUGGAAGGCAACCGGGGUUUCACCAUACCCGUGCCACGUUCCAUGCCACGUUCAAGAUCCUUGCUCGAGCGAAGCUCAUGUCGCUCAUGCUGGACUUCCUGCAGAAUUAUACGGAGCUCCGGUAUGUGCAUAGAGUUAGGUUCUAUGAUACCCUGGUGAUGGGUUAUGCGGUUGCGGGCAAGCCGGAGAUUGCCCUCCAACUGUUUGCGAAAAUGCGUUUUCAGGGUCUUGAUUUGGAUAGCUUUGCUUAUCAUGUUUUAUUGAAUGCGUUGGUGGAGGAGAAUUGUUUUGAUGCGUUUCGAGUUGUGGUGGAGCAGAUUAGGAUGAGGGGGCUUGAUAACGAGAUUACCCAUUCAAUUAUUGUGAAGAAUUUUUGCAAGCAGGGGCAGCUGGACGAGGCGAAAGCGUUUGUGGAACAGUUGGUCGAGAGCGGGAGAGUUGGGUUGAGUGGUGGGCAUAUGGUGGGUUUAAUUGUGGACGCUCUUUGUAAGAGGAAGAGGUUUGGGGAGGCGGGUAGGCUGGUGGAGGAAUUUCAGGGGUCUGGGAUGGUUUCCGUGGAGCAGGCUUAUGGAGUGUGGAUUAGGGAUCUUGUUCGGGCUGGGAGGCUUGAUGGGGCCCUGGAGUUCUUGCAUAGCAAAAAGGAAUCUGAGGGGUAUGUGCCUGAGGUAUGUGGUUAUAACAUUUUGAUAUGUAGGCUUUUGAGGGAGAAUCGACUUGAGGAGGUGCUUGAUUUAUUGAUGGAGAUGAGGGAGGGUCAGAUUUUGCCGGACAAGGUCACAAUGAAUGCUGUCUUGUGCUUCUUUUGUAAGGCUGGAAUGGUGGAUGUUGCUCUUGAGUUGUAUAAUUCAAGGGCAGAGUUUGGACUCUCUCCGAAUAGCAUGGCCUACAACUAUCUGAUUAACACUCUCUGUGGGGAUGGGAGCACUGAUGAAGCAUAUCACGUGUUAAAGCAUUCUCUUGAGCAAGGUUAUUUCCCAGGCAAGAAGACCUUUUCCAUUCUUGCUGACGCUUUGUGCCAAGAGGGGAAGCUGGACAAGAUGAAGGAGUUGGUCCUUGUUGCCUUGGAUCGCAAUAUUAUGCCAAGUGCUUCCACCUAUGACAAAUUUAUAUUAGCUCUUUGUAAAGCGAGGAGGGUAGAUGAUGGUUAUUUGAUACAGGGGGAACUCAACAAAAUAAAUAAGGUUGCUAGCAAAAAUACUUACUUUAAUAUGAUACGUGGGUUUAACAUUUUAAAUAGGGCAGAUAUUGCUGCCAGACUUCUUAUUGAAUUGCAAGAAAAAGGUCAUACCCCUACAAGGUCUUUGUUCAGAGCUGUUAUUUGUCGUCUUUGUGAUAUGGAUAAUGCAGAAAAGCAGUUUCUCAAACUGCUAGAGUUGCAGUUGUCUCACCAGGAGCCUAACUGUCAGGUUUACAACUUCUUCAUUGAUGGAGCUGGGCAUGCCAAAAAACCUGAGCUUGCUCGAGAAGUGUUUGAGAUGAUGGUAAGAAGUGGAAUUGUGCCAAAUUUGAGUUCUGACAUUCUGAUGUUGCAGAGUUACCUAAAGAAUGAAAGAAUCUCCGAUGCUCUAAAUUUCUUUAGUGACUUGCAAAAAAGGAGGAAGGUAGGGAGGAAACUAUGCAACACCAUGGUCGUUGGCCUUUGCAAAGCCAACAAGGUGGAUAUUGCAUUGGAAAUCCUGAAGGAAAUUAGGGAAAAAGGAGUAACUCCAAGUCUUGAAUGUUAUGAGGAGCUUGUGAAGGUACUUUGCACGAAUAAAAGAUACGAUGUGGUGGUAAAUCUUAUUGAUGACUUAGAGAGAGUUGGGCGGCAUGUUUCAUCCUUUAUUGGUAAUGUACUUUUGUUGCAUUCUUUGAAGACUCCGGAGCUUUUUGAGACUUGGGUGCAUGCUAAAGAUGCGCACAAUGAGAUUUCUUCUCCUAAUUUGAUUCUUGGCCAGCUAAUUGGUGAAUUUUCUGGUUGUAUUGGAGUGAACCAAGAUUUUAAUUACUUGGAAGAGGUUAUGCAACAGUGCUUUCCACUUGACCUCUACACUUACAAUAUGUUGUUGAGAAGACUUACUAGGAGCGACAUGGACCUUGCAUUGGAAUUGUUUAAUAGGAUAUGCCAGAAAGGGUAUGAACCCAAUAGAUGGACUUAUGAUAUCUUAGUACAUGGUCUGUUUAAGCAUGGUAGGACAUCUGAGGCCAAUAAAUGGGUGGAGGAGAUGUUCUGCAAAGGGUUUGAGCCAACAGAGGCUACCAAACUUCUCAUUUAAUAGGAGAUUUUCGGCAAAGGUUUCGAUCCAACCAAGCAUAUGAAACCAUUCAUCUAGGAGGAGAUCUUCAGAGGGUUCGAUCCAACUGAGCAUGCCAAACAAUUUAUCUAAUGGGGUUCAACCAACCAAGCAACCAAUCUAUUCAUCUAUUAAGUAAUUAACAGUCUCCUGUGUAGGAGAGUUAAAGGAAAUACAAAAGCAAGGAGAAAGGAAGUCCUUUCUUAGGCUCAGGGACAGGACUGAUAGGGUUGGAAUUGAGAUCCCAAAAAUUGAAGCCCAGCUUAAGCACUUGUCAGUAGAAGGAGAUGCAUAUGUUAGGACCAGGGCACUUCCUACUCUGCUCAAUUCUACAAUGAACUUCAUGGGGAAUUGCUAAUGAACAAUUCUCUGCAAUAUUCCCAUCCACUGUUGAGGGUCUUUUUGGAAUACCUCCCUCUUAGCAUUAAGAAUUUUUCUAAAAAGUGUUGUUGAUUGUCCCACAAGGUAAUUUGAGAUUCAAUUGCCAGUAUUCCAGAAAUGGGGUUGUCUGCCUCUAAUGUUAAUACUCCAAUAUGUGGGAUAUGAUUUAAUGACUAUGAUGAACUUUUCAUAGUGUCAGAUUUGAACUAUGCUGUAGUUGUGUUUAAUAGUUAGAAUUGAUUAAAUCAGUUGUUGAGUUGUGAAA